AUGGCAGGACCACCUUUUGCACCAAGCACUUCAUCAGCAAUUCCGAAUGGCGCUGAGCUGGCUAGGCUCUUGCCGGGCUAUGCUUUGGAUGGAACCAUUGGCUCUGGCGCGACUAGUGUAGUGAAGAAAGCGAGACAUGUUAGGACUGGACAAGUAGUAGCCAUUAAGAUCAUCUCCAUAAGGGAUAAAAUGUCUGAAAAUCUAGUGAAAAAGGAAGUUACAAUACUGAAGAUGCUAGUCGAAAGUCCUCAAAUAAUUCGACUAUAUGAUGUUGUAUACACCGAGGAUUAUGCAUGUCUCGUGCUUGAUUAUGCACCAAAUGGGGAUUUCUUAAGUUAUGUCACUGUAAGGACCAAGAUGUCAGAGGCCGAAGCAAGGCCAUAUUUCCUUCAGCUGAUAUCAGGGGUGGAGUACCUGCAUCAGAAGAUGGUUGCACACCGUGACCUGAAGCUAGAAAAUCUUCUUAUUGAUGGAAAUUUCAAUCUGAAGAUAUCGGAUUUUGGUUUGAGUGCUAUAAUGAACAAUAGCUAUUUGCUGAAACAAAGCUGUGGAAGCCCACAUUACGCUGCUCCUGAGAUUUUUUCGAAUAAACCAUACUAUGGUACACAAGUAGAUGCCUGGAGCUGUGGCAUCAUCUUAUAUGCCAUCGUCUGUGGCUCAUUCCCAUUUGAGGAUGUGGAACCUGAUGGCCUUUACGACAAAAUCAAGAGUGGGCAGUUUGAAUUUCCUGACAUGUACUUAUCAGCUGAAUUCCGUGACCUGGUUGCUGGAAUGCUCACUGUUUGUCCUCUGAAUCGAAUGACUAUCUCCAAGAUACGUCAGCACCCCUGGGUUCUUGCUUAG